AUGUACGUGCAUUUAAUAAACUUCUCUGCAGAAAUUGGAGCCUGGAUUCUUUCUUACUGAGAGGGCUGUUUGGUUCCAUUGCAUAUCUUUGUGAAGAAAGUAACGCCAUUAUUUUCUGUCAAAUUUGAAAAGCAAAUUCAUCAACCGGUACCCACACUUUUAAUAAAAAUUAACCCAUAAUCACCAGCAUUGGUUGAAAAUGAAGGGUGUUGGCGAACCCACUGAUUUUCAAGCAGCGGCUGCGGCAACUGCCACAGCUGCUGCCGCUGCCACCGCAGGAUGCGCGGCCGCAAAAGCGCACGGCGAAACGCCAGCAGAUGUAGAGAACUGCGAAACUGACCAGGAUUGGAACGUGGGUAACUGUGGAUUCAUGGACACUGAUUGGCAGCAGAAAAUACGCAGCAAUAGUGCUGCCGAGGAUAUAACCCAAUUCCCGCUCUAUGCUUGGGUCAAUGUAACGAAAGAUUUCCACAAUGCCUGCAGUGAAUUAGUUCCUGGUGAGUUGGCCCAAGACAUGCUCUUUGGCUUGUUCGAAGCUAUGUCAGCGAUUGAAAUAAUGGAUCCCAAAAUGGAUGUGGGCAUGGGUUUUGACAAGUACGACUUGCCGCCGCCCUCGUUUGAAGCGGCAGUUACCAUGGGUGCCAUUAAGCUGGACGAUCUAACUUCUGCGGAAUUGAUUGGUAUUUUUGAUGCCCUGUUUGCUUGCGUGGUAUCUUGGCUUGAGGGAAACUCAAUGGAUCAAGUGCUAUUUACCUGCCUUUAUUUGCACGCGCCGUCUAAAAUAAAGGAUAAAGCUUUGCGUGUAUUCUGUACUAGUGUGCGUAAUCUUAUUGUCAUCAUUAAGAAUAUUAUAGUCACUGCCGGCGUAAAUGAGGAGGAGGACUUUCAGCUGUAUGGAAAUUCUGCGUUGCUAGCAGCGGAAAAAGCGCAACCUUCAGCUAUAACAGGUUUACUAAAGGAAGUGGAGGACGAGCUUGUGCGAAAAUGUAAACAGCUAACAGCACCAGAAGAUCUCAUGGCCGUUGUGCAUAGACUCCGUUUUAUGCGUCACUUGUAUCAGGCCAUCUAUCAAGUGGAGCUGCUAUCAGUCGCAGAAUCGGCCGAGGAAGGCGUUAAUGAGAUUUACAAAAGUCUUAAUGUAGCUGCCGAGCUCUUGCCGCUUAUACGUCGCACUAUCGAUCGAGGCACACAGCCUGUAGAGGGUUCUGAUACUCCAAAUCCCAUGGGCUUCUCGCCACGUAUACACGAUCGGAGUCAACCGCCCACGUUUCCUCGCAGCAUCAAAAUACGUGAACGACCCGCAAGCUUUCAGUUUCUUGAGGAAAUGGUGGGUCGAUUCAAAUACGCCUGCAAAGUAAUACGCCAUCGAGAUUAUUAUUCAGCACUAAAUUUUUUUAUCGAGUACAGCCGCAAGUCAGGUCAGUGCAUACUUUCGCGAAGCUUUCUGCAGAACCUUUUCACUACAGGAAUUCGCUUGGUCCAUGGCAAACAGUCGAUGAAGCAGUUUCUUAAAUACUCUGUGCAGAUAUUUAACUCUCCGCCCGUGCUAAAUCCAAAACAUCCUGUCGCAAACGAUCCUAAAGUGCAACAACAUCUGGACACAUUCUUCCGCUACUGCAUCAAUAUGAAUACAUUCACGCAGUUUAUUCGCAUCUGUGGAUUUAAUCGUGCACGCCAGCGCGACAAAUUAGCGCGGCUAAUUGAGAACUUUGAUACCAUACAAGUAGAUGCGGCGAGACUAGACUCCUUGAUGAAUCUGAUGGCCAAUGAGCGAGCGCUUGAGGGCAAUGAACUACAUGCCACGGCGCUGAAGCACAGCACACAUUUUUCCACGUGGGUGCUUUACAACUGUUUCCGCGCCAUGCUCAUCUUUCUCAUGUCCGGCUUUGAGUUGGAACUGUAUGCUGUACAUGAGUUUCUCUAUAUUUACUGGUAUCCAUAUGAGUUUCUUGUGGGCUUUCUCGUCUCGGCUCUAACACGCACUGAAAACAUAUUGUUGGCCCAGGAAGAGUACGCAGAGCACCAGAGUAAAAUCCAAGUCAAUGGCGGAGGUGGAGGAGCUGGCAAAAAUCGUAAGCCGGCUAAACCAAAGAAAAAUAAGAAACAACAACGACCAUAUCGACAGGAGAUUGUAUACUACCAUGCGCUUCUUAGUCUGUGUGGCGGCAUGUACAAAGCAAUGGGGGCUCUUACUAAAGACGGUCGUAUUCGUCUACCAACGUCCAAGUUUGACAACGAGGAGAUCCGUUACAAUCGACGAUUUUCCCCAUUUGUCCCGCUUACCAGCCCACCACCAGUUUCUUAUGCAGAGUUUAAGAACAUACGAGACCACAUGAUGCGUCCAAGCGUCGAGGAGCUGUAUGCGUUUGCAGCCAAGCAUUUUGACCAGGCCCGCAAUGUUCUGGAAUCCAUGCAGAAUCCUGAACAGGAGAUGCUAGACCUGUUGCAAAUUGCACGCACCAAUUUUGUGGUCAUGAAUGUCCUGGCCCAGGGCCAUCAGAAGGGUCUCAAGCGGCAGCCAGAAUUCGACUUCUCAAGGCAUAGCUAUUUUCCCAUAAUUAAGCUCAAAUAGCAUCGUGCUAAUGUAUUUAACAAACGGGAGUCUACAUCAUCUUUCUCUUGGAUUUGUCUAAUUAUUGCUGUUUCGUAAUUUACAAAUUAAAUUGUUUGUAUGCAUUUCUUCUAAGACUGUUUAUCGAC